AUGGCCUGUUUAUUAUGCAAAUUACGGUUAGGUUUAUCUAAUACAGUUCUGCGUUUAUUAUUCGAAUUACCAGAUAAACGGGCUGUAUCUCAAGUUAUUGAAAGUGCUCGUAAAGUACUAUUGGAAAGUUUUGUUCCCGAUCACCUUGCAUUUUCACAUAUUAAUUGUCGUCAGAUAAUAGAUAAUCACACAACAACAAUAGCACGUGAACUUAUGGGUGGAAGAAUUGACACACUUGUGCUGGUUAUCGAUGGAACAUACAUUUAUAUACAAGUAAAUGGAAAGAAUGAUGUAUUUGUCGUAGACCGAGAUUUCAGGGAUAGUUUUGGAGCGAUGCAUGCUUUAGGCUUGGAUGUGGCAAUGCCACCAUUUUUAGACGGUCAAAAACAAUUUUCAACAUCAAGUGCGAACAAAUCACGGUGUAUAACGAAAUUUUCAAUAGAACAAUACAAAAUGGGUCGAUACAAUAAAAUAUGUAUUAGUUUUUGUCUAUUAUUAAUUUUCUGUUAUAUCAUUGGCAAUGAAGGCGCAUGCAAUUGUCCAUCUGGAAUGUGUUGUUCUAAAUGGGGUUGGUGUGGUCAUGGUGCAGCUUAUUGUGGUGAUGGUUGUCAAUCAGGACCUUGUGAUCGUGGUGGUAGUGGACAACCAAGUGGUUCAUAUCGCGGGCGAUGUACUUAUUAUAAUGUAAAUGUUGGAUAUACAGCAUGUGGUACAAGACAUGGUGAUCAUGAACAUAUUGUUGCUAUGAAUGCAGCUCAAUUUGAUCCAUAUACACCAAACGGAAAUCCAAAUCGUAAUUCAUUAUGUAAUCGAAAAAUUCAAGUAAAUGGUCCACGUGGUUCAGUUGAAGUUCGAGUUGUUGAUCGAUGUCCAGGUUGUCCGUCUGGUGGUUUAGAUUUAUCACCAGCUGCAUUUCGAAAAGUUGCUGGAAAUCUUGAUGUUGGUGUUGUUCAAGUAACAUGGAGGUGGAAAUAA